AUGGAUCCCAUCACCACGACCCUUUCAGAAAUCAAAGAGAAGACCUUGGAGCCCAGCACACAGCGGGCAACUCUUGACAGCCUGGAUGGGGAUAAAGACCACAGUACCAGCAUCUUCUCUGGGUUUGCGGGACUCCUUGCUACCCUCCUCAUCCUCGUGGUACUCUGCAUCCUGUGGAACUGGAAUAAAUGGAAGAAGCGCUCAGUUCCUUACCUCCGUGUUGCUGUCAUGCCCUUGAUGAGCCUGCCUCAAUGCAGGCAAAGACCCAAAAACAUUUAUGACUUCUUGCCUCAGAGGCAAGAAGAGCCAGGGAGACAUCAGUCAAGUAGUACUCGCAUUUUCAGUUCUGAGAGCCUCCUUUCCAGAAAUUCUGACAGCCCUACCCCAGAGCAUGUGUCCUCACGACCAGUUAAUGUCCUCCAGGUGCAUGAAGCCCAUAACUCUGUCAUGGGAUAUGCAGUGGGUGUCUAUGACAAUGCCAUGGUGCCCCAGAUGUGUGGGACUCUCACUCACUCAGCACACAUCAAUGUCAGAGCUUCCACAGAUGACCUGAGCGUUUCUUCAGAGGAUUCAAGGGAUUAUGUCAACAUGCCCAGAGCAGAAGAGAUUACUGAGAAUCUAGCUUCCAACUCCCCUGGGAAUCUCCUUGUCCUCCCAAGUGCACAGGAGCUGGACUUUACUGGAGAAAGAGACAUGAGCUAUAAGGGUGCCAAUGACUGCACUAGAUUUUGGUCUCCAGUAACUAAGAGCAGUGAGCAACUCAGUGAUGAGGAAAGUUCUUCUCAGACUUCAAAUGACUAUGUCAACAUGUCAGAAUUAGAUUUUGGGGCCACUAAAGGGGAACAGCCCUGGAUGACUUUUGAGUGUUGUAGAGAUUAUGAAAAUGUCCCACCAGCAGAUGCUGAUGGAAACCAGCAGCAAGUAGAGGAAGAGGUGAAAUCCUUAAACACAGACCAUGUAGAGGGCAGGACUGAUGCUCUGGGCACGCACAUUCAGCCUGUCAUGCAAUCAGGCAGAUUCCUUGUGUCAGAGGAUUCCAUGGCCUUUCAACCAUUGGCACAGAGUGGGAAUAGUCAGAUGAAGCAUGGAGAAGAGAUACCAAGUGAAGACGAUAGUGACUACGAGAACGUGCUAGUUGCCACAUUAGGAGGCAAAGACUAUGAGCAGGGGCCAGGCACAUAA